AUGUUUCCCACCUUCUCUGGGAACUCGCGGCGGCCGCGAAAUGUAAACAUGAGCGGCCAGAAGAAUCUCAAUCCCUUCGCCGCCACGUCCUGGACCCCGACGAGCUCCUCGAGCGCAUCCAAGACCGUCGCUGACGCCCAGGCCGAACGCAACAAGCGACAGCUCGAGAGGGAGAAACUCAAGGCUGCACAGUCCAUACAAAGAACAUGGAGGGGUCACACCGCGAGACGAAGCUUAAAGGACCAAAGACGGGGGACUCUUGACGCUCUUUACAACGAUCGAUCACAUGCCGAUUCGCGGACAACAGCAUCUGAAGCUCUUCCCUUGGUUGUUGCUGCCCUCGAUCCCCGAAGACCCGACGACCGGGCUCGACUCGAGCGUUUCGCCCAAGAUCUUCUUCAAAGCGACUGCUCCCUUGUCAAGUCAGAGGCAACGACAAGCGGGUCUCAAAUAAAGAGACUAACAAGCCAGCUGCUUGUUCUUCUGCGAAGUUCCGGCUACGACCAAAUUCCCCGUACCAGUUUUGAAGUGAUAAUACAAAUCCUUUCCACGAGAUUCGAAUCCGCGCACGAUUGUCUGGACAGUCUGUUCGAUAUCAUCGCGAAUUACUGUCGCAAUGGAGAGAUCAGGGAUGCAGAGAGUCUCUCGUUGCUAGAGCAAGCUAUCUUGGUGCCAAUAGUGAAGGACACGGGACGGCGUGCCUCGACCGCAUUUGCUCUGUGCUUCCUGACCCAGCCAAAUCUUGAGCUAUUUGAGGGCAAUGUUAGUGCAUUUGCAGAGAGAAUCGACACAGAGAAGGUGUCAGCUGGCAUAGUGGAAGACUUCGCCGCAGGUUGGGCCUCAACGCAGCAGACAGAUGCACGUUUAUGGCUUUUGGCUCACUUCAUUGCCCUGGGUAAUGCCACGGGAGACUCUUCACUCGGACCCUCGUAUUUGCACGCACUGUACACUCAGCUCUCAAGUCUGCACAUUGAGUUGAAGAAGUACCAUAUUGGCCACGCGACAACAGACUCUGCCAACCUCAAGAAACGCCUUCCACAUUUCAUAGAAAAGGCCAUCCGGUCUUUGGUUGAAAAAGAUGAGAUUUCCCAUGUCCUUGAAAGGUUCACUACGAACUUUGCCGGAUCAUCUCAGGAGGAAUCCAAAGAAGCGAGUCUGCUUGCCGCAUACAUCCUGACUUUGAUUCGAUGUUUCCCAGCGCUCAGCGACGACAUCCGCAUGAGGUUGUACCUCGCUGACAUACCGUCGUACCCGAACUCCGUCAAAUUCUUCUGGAACGCAAUGGCCCGUACGAGGAUGUUCUUGAGUGUCAUGACAGACGACCGAGGCACCACUCUUGAUCUACUCCAAGGAAAAGCAUCGAAACAGCUUACCCCUGUCAAGGACGAUGCAGUGUGGGAUCGCGAAUGGAGGACCAUACUGCUUUUCCUCGAACUCUACGUUUUUGUACUGCGGCUCACUGACGAUGAAGACUUCUUUUCUCCACUUAGUACAGCAAACCUAAAUUCCGGAGAGAUGUCUCGAUUACGACAAUGCAUGCUCACAUUGGACGAGCUCAAAAGUCUCACUUUAUUCUUGAGGAAUCUUGCUUUUACCCUGUACUACCACGCAAAUGAACUGCGCCAGCAUGCAUCGAAAAUCACCCCGCGCCAAAAUUCGACUGUACAAGAUUUAUUUACGGCCCAACAGAAGACGCCGCAGGGGACGGGCAAAACACACGACACGUACAGCGUGAUAUCCGGGGUGGACUUUGACACCUUCCGGGGUACUAUAACACAGGCGAUGCGCAUGGUCUAUGAACGCGAUUCCCGGCGGCGCUUCCUUCCACGCGACCAUUGGCUGAUGACCUCCAGAUUUGACAUGGAAGGUUUCAAGUCGGCCGUCGUGGCAGAAGACCAAAGGCAGCGGGAGCUCCAAGACGCUGAGAGUGACGAUGAGGACAUUAAGGUCGACGACGACAGCGACAGUGACGAGCAGGAUGCGUAUAUUACUUCGGCCUACACGUCACAGGCCUUACGCAACGCGCGCAUGGAGAGGAUGAGGGCAGCCCACAAGCAGGAACAGCGAAAGUUGCAGGCUGCCACUGUUGCGCCAAAACUUGAGAUUCUUCGCAAUAUGCCCUUCGUCAUACCCUUCGAAACAAGAGUCAAAAUAUUCCGCGAUUUUGUACACCUUGACAAGAUCAGACGAAGAGAUGGUCAUGUCGAAGCAGAUCAAUGGCGCAUGAGUCUGAUGCACACCGACCGAAGUCGAGAAGUCAUCGGGCGGCAUUCCGCCAAAGUGCGCCGAGGCAGGGUAUUCGAGGAUGCAUUCGAGCAUUUCUACAAGUUGGAAGAUGGCCUAAAGGAGCCAAUUCAGAUUACAUUUGUCGACCAAUUCGACAUACCGGAGGCAGGUAUCGACGGUGGAGGUGUGACUAAGGAGUUCCUGAUGAGUGCCACCAAGGAGGCCUUCACAGACGAUAAAAGCCUGUUCGCCGCCAAUAGCCAGAACUCACUCUACCCGAACCCGUGCGCGAUUGACCAGCGGCAACAGAAGCUUCGGGAGUCUGGAUCAAUCCCCGAGUCGGAGGAAUGGAGAGACACCAUGUCAGGCAUACUGGAGCAGUACGAGUUUCUCGGCCGAAUAAUUGGCAAAUGUUUAUACGAAGGCAUCCUGAUUGAUGUUGUAUUUGCCGGGUUCUUUCUGCUCAAGUGGGCAGCAUCAGCAUCUGACACAGGGUACCGGGCAAACAUCAACGACUUGAGGGAGCUUGAUGAGGAUCUUUACACAAAUAUGAUGAAGCUGAAGAACUACCCUGGCGACGUCUCCGAGCUCGGACUAGACUUCACCAUCGACGACCAAACCUCCAUGCCGAACGAGCCAGUCCGCAUCACAACGCGCAAGCUAGCACCAGACGGCGACAAGAUGACCGUCACUAAUGAGAACAAACUCCUGUACAUAAACUACGUGGCGCGGCACCGCCUGGUCGCGCAGCCCUCGCGUGUCACAAGAGCCUUUCUGACUGGACUGGGCGCCAUCAUCGAGCCGGCGUGGCUCAGCAUGUUCAACCAGUCGGAACUGCAGCGGCUUGUGGGUGGCGACUCGACCGAGAUCGAUGUGGAGGACCUGCGGCGCAACACGGUGUACUCGGGGCUGUACCAGAUCGGCGACGACGGCGAGGAGCACCCGGUGAUCAAGAUGUUCUGGGAGGUGCUACACGGGCUCAAGGACUCGGAGCGGCGCGACGUGCUCAAGUACGUGACGUCGACUCCGCGGGCGCCGCUGCUUGGGUUCGGGCAGCUGCGUCCGGCGUUCAGCAUCCGCGACGGUGGGCAGGACACGACGCGGCUACCGAGCGCGAGCACGUGCGUCAACCUGCUCAAGCUGCCCCUCUACAACUCGGCGGCGCAGCUGAGGGACAAGCUACUGUACGCGGUGAGCUCGGGGGCCGGGUUUGAUCUGAGCUAG